AUGUCAAGAUCCAGUCCUUUCCGUGUCGCUUCCAAAAUCCCAACUAUGGGAUGCCUGUGUUUGCCACUAUUCCAGCUAGUGCUCUCGGAUCUAUCCUGUGAAGAAAAUAAAAUGUGUGUAAAUUACGAUGAGCAGUAUCCUGAUGGCUGGUAUAUCUGGUUCUUCUUGCUGAUUUUCUUAGUGGUUCUCCUUUGUGGAGUAGUGCUUUUCUGUCUGCACUGCUGGCUGAAAAGGUGCAGAAUCGAUCCUCCCAGACGCACCAUAGCUGUUUAUGCUGUUGGAGACUUGGAUCCAGUUUAUGGUGCAGAAAUGGCUCGAAGUCCAACAUCUGGAAUCUGCCGUCCUACUCAAAACACUGAACUCUGCCCUGCUCCGUGUUUUGGUGCAUUAGGUCCUCCACCUCCAUAUGAAGAAAUUCUAAAAGCAGACUGA